CAGAUAGGGAAAUACGAAGUCCAUGAUGUAGAAGCACCUACUUACAUUUGUUCCCUGCUUGAAACUGUCGUAGCUGAAGAAAGAUGUCUCCGGCGCUUCUUCUAGUAGUAUUGCUGCUAGAGGCCGCAAGCAUCGAAGCUUCCGUGACCUGCAGGGAUCAAAACAACAAUGCUGUGGACUGGUUCAUCAUGUACAAGGUGCCGAGGAUUGAAUUUGAAGACGGUACUUCUACACAAGGAACCGAAUUUGCCUACAUAGAUUCUCGCACGUCAGCCAGAAAGUGGAGGAUUUCUUCUCAGAGCAUACGAAGCGACAAUCCUCUCUCCUAUUCAGUGGCUCCGCUCUUCAAGAACGAUCUUCACUCCAGCAACACAUGCCGUGUGGGCCUCCACCGCCGUUUAUCCCCAUACGGAUCUUCCAUACAGGCGGGCUACGUAGUCCCUGGGGAUCAAGGCAUCCAAUUCCACGAUCUCACACGGCAGGGGCAGAGAGUUCCAGAAAAUGCCGAAACCGAAAGGAAAACCAAAGAAGAAGAAGAAGAAGAGAAGAAAAAGGAGUUGAUGUAUGUUGUCUACAAUGACCAACCACCUCCACGUUACACCGCAACGAAUGAUGGCCACUCGAAAGGACUAGUCAUAUUUGAUAACACGACUGGCGUCUGGAUUCAGCACAGCAUACCGAGAUUUCUCGAAGUCGCUGCUCGCCAAUACGUCUUCCCCAUGAAUGCCGAGAGGAAUGCUCAGACUGUGAUGUGCAUCACGUUCCCAACUAGUGCGGUCAAUACCAUUGCAUGGCACUUGCGGAUGCACCACGCUAACGUAUACCACAAGAGUGCGCGGUCGGCGCUGAGCCAAAAGUAUCCGGAAAUGGACCGUCUUCUGCAAGGCAUAUACGUGAAGUAUCCACAGCCCAUACAAUCCAUUGACACACUCCGCAGUCUCGACGGAUCGGAGUUUGUAACCGUCGCCAAAAGGACACCGUGGGACGUAGACGUCUACUCAGACUACGUCAUUUAUCACGUGACGAGUCCCAACCUUCUCGUUCAGUCGUGGCUAAGUGGCGCUGGACAGAAAAUGGGCCCCGCCUGCAAGGAAAGCUAUUCUGUUCUGGACACCGAAUUUAUUAACCUUCAUAUGAUCGACAAAUCCUGGAAGUGGAAAUCUACCGAAGAUCACAGCAAGUGGGCUGUGGGCACGUCGACACCGUGGUUCUGCUUCGGGUCUCUCAAUCGUAUGGAGUCCCAGAAGUCCCGUGGUGGCGAAGUGACCUGCAUGGAGAACUCAGUGGUGCACAAGCUGUUCAGAAGUGCUUCCGAGACAAGUCAGCAUUGCCCUUAAGUUCUUGAUUCUGCCGUAUCACACUCUGCGUCACACAGUGAUUCCAGAGCAGCAUAAUAAACACCAAUCUUGAUACCAA